CAUUAUUAUCAAUUUCCAUUUUGCAUCUUCGUUUCGAUUAAUCUAAUUUUGCUCCAUCUCCCUUUUCCUCCGUCCCUUCGGAACGGGGCGUCAAUUUUCCAAAAGGGCUCGAUUUUACUGGAUGGAAUAGAUUUUAUACAGGGCCGACUGUGGAUGCGAUGCGCAAUAUCGAAUGACAAAGAGAUGUAUGUGGGCACAAAUUAAUUCAGAAAACGCCGAUUCUUCACCCAUUUGGUAGUGUGUCAUCAAAAUGGCAACUUGGUAUCAACAAGAGUGUCCUUUGACUUCACUUUAUUGCCCGCCAACAACUCCUCAAUUUACUCAACUUGCUGAUCUCGGAGAACAGUAUUCGCGUAAAGUGUUUGUUGGAGGUCUUCCUCCUGAUAUAGAUGAAGAAGAAAUAACUGCUAGCUUUAGACGUUUCGGUUCACUAGCAGUCGACUGGCCGCAUAAGGCUGAAAAUAAUUCUUACUUUCCUCCCAAAGGAUAUGCUUUUUUGCUCUUUCAGGAUAAAAAUUCAGUCCAAAACUUAAUUGAUUCUUGUGUUAAGGAAGAUGGUAAAUUAUAUUUAUAUGUAUCAUCUCCCACGAUCAAGGAUAAACCAGUGCAAAUCAGGCCAUGGAAACUUUCCGAUGCCGACUUUGUUCUUGAUGCAACAAUGCUUUUAGACCCUAGAAAAACCGUGUUUGUUGGAGGAGUUCCUAGACCAUUAAAAGCCGUGGAGUUAGCUACAAUAAUGGAAAAAUUGUAUGGUGGUGUAUGUUAUGCUGGGAUUGACACCGAUCCAGACUUAAAAUACCCCAAGGGUGCUGGGAGGGUUGCAUUCAGCAACCAGCAAAGCUAUAUUGCAGCAAUCAAUGGAAGAUAUGUUCAACUCCAGCAUGGAGACAUCGACAAAAGGGUUGAAAUUAAACCCUAUGUUUUGGACGACCAGUUGUGUGAUGAAUGUCAAGGCCAAAAGUGUCUUGGCAAAUUUGCUCCAUUUUUCUGUGCAAAUGUUACUUGCUUACAAUAUUAUUGUGAAAUUUGCUGGUCAACAAUCCAUUCUCGACCUGGAAGGGAAUAUCAUAAGCCACUUGUGAAAGAAACAGCAGACCGUCCGAGAGCAGUAUUUGGUUGGCCGAACCAUUUCAAGGUGCCAUAAAAGUCUUAGAUGAAACAAACGUGAUAAUUUUCAUGGUAGCCUGUUAGCGAAAGUCAUAGUAGUAGCCUAGGGGAUCUAAUUUUUAUGAAUUUAAAACCUUCACAAUUUCUCUCAAACUUUUUUCUUCCACUUAUAUAUUCUAAUUAACACAACUAUUUGAUUUUACAUGUAACUUUCAUGUAUAUGUACGUUUAUUAAUCGUUAUUAAUAUCGAGUUCCUUUAUGAUAUUCUGUUUUUAAUGAAAUUUCUUUUGUGAUUGUAUAGUGUAGAUAAUUUAGGUAAAAAGUGUUAACCUAAUACAAACCCUGUAGUUACCAUGAUGAAACACAAUAUUUAGUGUGUUUUAAAGAAUUUUUUUUACCUCUUAGAAAUUUUUUUAUCAAGGAUCGGUUUUUUUUAGGAAAUUUGUAAACAUUUAACAAUAAUUUUGAUAAAAUAACAAUUUUUUAAAUAAACUUUGUAAUGUAAAAACAAAAUCAAGAACAUCUUACAAUCAACCAAACUUUGUGAUGAGAUGUGUUGAUAAUAGUCUUAACAUUAUUUUUAUAUAAAACUUUUACAUCACAUUUUUAUAUAACUUUUUUUCACUGGUCUGCACAAAUUGCUUUUCUCGAAUAGGUGCAAUGACAAUAUAUUUUUAUACUUUAUAUUAUAUUUGUAAGCAAACCAAAACAAAAAGCAAAAAAAAAUUAACUGAAUUUCAGGCAAUUUAGUAAAAUUAGUACUUCAGAAAGUCUGUUGUCAAUUGCUGAUAAAAGGGGAAUAUCUUUUAUUCAAUAUAUUCUGUCCCCCUCCUUCUAAGUGUUAAAAUAUUUUUAGUCGGUGUAAUUCUUCGAUAUCUAAUUGUAGAAGUGUGAAUUAGUCCCAUCCUACAGUUGUAAUAGUAGAUUUUUUGAUUGAUGCCAAGCAGGAACACAGGAGAUUAACUUUUACUCUAUGAUUUUAAGGAUCCAAUGCAAUAAAAAUAUAAAAAAUG